ACCAGCCCAAUCGAAUAUGACUAUCGCCGUUGGCAUUUGAAGUGGAUCGAUACCCGGUAUUUGGUUUGACCAGUUCUCGAUUCUCUCACUAUAGUGAACACAACUGGUUCGGCAAGAUGGUAUCGUGGGCGAGAGGAGCUCUGGCGGCUGUGGUGCUGGCACUGGCUGUCAUCCUGACUGCUGGUAUGGGCGAAGGGAGCCAAGAGGCCACUUUAGGACAGACAAAUACGCCAGAAGUGACACACACAUCUGACCUUCGACCUUUACACGAAGAAGAUAGCUCGCUAUCAUUCGAUGAAGACAACCUCUCAUACGUGACAAGUCACAACUGCAGCCUUCCCGUCGUGGCCAGAGUCCACAUCAACCCAAUGAAAAGUGCAUACAAGAACUGGGUCAUGCCAAAAAGUCAGAAGGAGGCGGGACUUCUAGCAUUUUCAUUCGGUUUGACGGCAGCUCUUGCAUUUACCCCAUUUGUGUGCAGAUGGCUACUGGAUGGUCUUUUCUUUCUUCUUGGCGCAUUGUUCUUUGGGAACGGAGAGGAGCAAGAACUUUGAACACUCAAAAUCUACUCUUUUGUUGACUUUUGAUUCCUGUUGAAAUGCUUUGGGUGAUCUGGGUGAGCUCUAGAUAGGACAAUAUGACAUAAUCGGAUUACUGAGAAAGCACAAACUACAAUAAUCCGAUUGUUGAGAAGCACAUCAGUGCCAACUAUUAGAGUCCAACCAAGACUUACUUUGAAGUUGUCACGUCAGUACAAUGAAGUAUUAUUUAGCGUUCACCGGAUUCUUAUACCAUGCUUACGGUGCUAUUUGUAAUGGUGUAAAGGUUGCUCUUACAAUCAUCAACCAUGUCUUAAUUCAGUUGUAUAGUGAUUUAGACUAAAAAAACACAUUAUGUA